CAGCUGGCAAUAAAUAAUGGGACACGUAAGAAGGAAAGAAGAGAUCGAGGGGAAACGGUGGCGUUUGGUUUGUUGCAGAGGUCUGAAACGUAGAGAAGCGGCCUACGCAAAGAAUUGAAGCAGCGGCGGCGGCGUAAGUUCGACGCCGCCCAUUCAUUCACACCAUCCGGCGUCGGAGCUGAGAGCCGCGCGAGCUGAGGCAUUAUUAUAAAUUGAUUGAUUCGUUUUUCGAUCAAGUAAUUGCAUGUCUUUUUUUGUUUGUAGUUGAAUUGUAAGUUGGUGUUUGUUUGGUUUUAUUAUCAAUCAAGAGAUUAGGCCGGCCUCCACCCACCCCCGGCCCAUCCAUCCAUCACCACUAGCAAGCUACCAGCUUCAUUACCUGCUUCUUUUCGAUCCACAAUGCAGCUGGUCCCUCUGUGGCUCGAGCCGCUGCUCAACGCCGCGUUCUUCACCGCCUGCGGCACCCACGACGGCGACGGAGCGAGGAGCGAAUGCAACAUGUUCUGCCUUGACUGCGCCGCCGACGCCUUCUGCUUCUACUGCCGCUCCUCCCGCCACAAACAUCAUCAAGUCAUUCAGAUAAGGAGGUCUUCAUACCAUGAUGUGGUUCGGGUGGUGGAGAUAGAGAGGGUGUUAGACAUCAGUGGGGUGCAGACCUAUGUGAUUAACAGCGCCAAAGUCGUGUUCCUCAACCAGCGCCCCCAGCCUAAGACCAGUACCGGCAAAGCCGCCGCCGUUUCUAACCUCUGCGAGAUCUGCGCCAGAAGCCUUUUGGACACUUUUCGCUUUUGUUCUCUCGGCUGCAAGCUUGUAGGAAUCAAGAGGAAUGGGAAUGGAAGUCUUAUGUUAAGCGCGAAGAAUGAGGUUGCAAUGCAAAGAGGGGAACACGAGUUGUGUGAGGCCUCCUCACAAAACGACAUGUUUCUGGUAACGCCGCCUUCGAAUGCAAGGAGAAGGAAAGGCAUUCCGCGUAGAGCUCCCUUUUUAUCCUAACUUUGUUCAUUCAUAUCAUGGCUUCUGUACUUAACACUUUCCAUUCUUUUUUAGUUAUAACGGUCAACAUUUCACAAUUGUCAACGCACAUCAUUGACUGUAAUUAUAUUUUAAUCUCUAUUAGUUAAAAAUAAUUAAAAAUCAGAUUUUAAAA